AUGGCCAACUCAGCACUGGAGAUAGUGGGUCUUUUAUUGACCGUGAUUGGGCUGAUUGGAGCAGCAGCGAGCACUGGGAUGCCAAUGUGGCGAGUCACAGCCUUCAUUGGGGAGAAUAUCAUUGUGUUUGAGACCCGUUACGAGGGUCUAUGGAUGAAUUGCUACAGGCAGGCUGACAUCAGGAUGCAGUGCAAGGUCUAUGACUCUCUCCUGGCCCUGUCCCCUGACCUACAGGCGGCACGAGGACUCAUGUGUGCUGCUGUGGCGCUGAGUGGCCUUGGCCUACUGAUCAGUUUGGUGGGGCUGCAGUGCACAUCUUGCAUUGACAAUAGCAAUGAUCGAUCUAAACGGAUGGUCCUCAUCAUUGCAGGAUGCAUGAUCCUAAUGUCUUGCAUCUGUGUCCUCAUCCCUGUGUCCUGGACUGGUCACGUCAUCAUCACAGACUUCUACAACCCCUUGCUGAUUGACGCACAGCGCAGAGAGCUUGGAGAGGCCCUCUACAUUGGCUGGGUGGCUGCUGCUUUCCUGUUUGCUGGGGGAUGCAUGUUUACUUGUUGUAAUAUUCAGUCCGAUGACAAAAGUUCACAACGGUAUGUGUACUCCAGGAACACUGACUACGUAGCCUAUCCUCCGCAGCCUCUGCAGCCUCAACAGCUGAUGUUUCUUCCCCAACCCCAGCCAGUGCUAUCGAGACAUCCAUCGACCAACUACAGCUACCAGUCCAGACACCCCUCUGUACGCAGUGGUGUGGCUUAUCUCUGAACACUUUAAUAGACUGAGGUAAUGACAGUCACAGGGUUUGCUUGGCUGUGCAAUCUAUGACACAUUUCAAAUGUCAAACGACGUAUUUCAGAUUACAGAAUAACACAUUUCAAUUAGUAAAUUUACUGUGAAUUCAUAUGUACUUAAUUCAUGUUGAUGUCUGCUUUAAAUCCUCCUUUUUUAAUAUACUAUUUGAAGAGUACUUAUGUUCUGAAACA